AUGGAUUCCAGCCCCCAUAAGAUCUAUCAUGUACACGGUUAUGACUCCAGACAAGCCCUGGAGGAUUAUUUUUCAGACAAAACUGAUAUGGCCUUUGUAGAAGAUUCCUUGAUAUUUCCCAUUGAAAAUCUUACAAAAACCUUCACGGAGGGAAAUAUUAAAGGAGAUGUCCUGAUUGACAUCAGCUGUAGUUCUUUUGUUCAUCAUCUAUAUUCAGCCUGUGAGUUUUUCAAACACAUCAUAGUCCUGAAGGUCAGUGACAGAUGCAUCCUUGAGCUGAAGAGAUGGCUGGGCACACGGACAGGAGCAUUCGAUUGGGGACAUGCCACAAAACUUCAUGGAGAGAUAGAAGGAAAAAGUGACCAGCUACAGGAAAAAGAAGGAAAAGUGAGAUCAGCCAUUCAGCGUGUGGUUAAAUGUCACCCUGAGAAAGAAAAUAUGACGGAUCCAAUAGUCUUACCACCAGUAGAUUGUAUCAUCAGUUUUUGGCUCCUAGUGAAGAUCAGCAAAGACCAAGAUGACUACAGGAGAUAUCUUAGGAAGUUCUCAGGGUUACUGAAACCUGGAGGACACCUCAUACUAAUUGGACUUUUAGGUAUGACAUAUUACACAGUUGGGAAAGACAGGCUCCAUGCUUUCCCAUAUGAUGAGGAUUUUGCCAGGAAAGCUCUAGUUGGAGAAGGAUUUGUUAUAGAUAACUGUGUGAUUAAGAAGAGAACGGCUGUGAGUGACCUUAUUGAUUAUAAGGCCGUCAUGUUCAUUGCAGCUCACAAGGAGAAGUAG